CUCUCCAAUCAUUUCAAAACCAUGCUCCAACCGUAGUCUCACUGCCCUCACUUCCCCUCUCCUUUCAUUCUUUCACUAAGUUUGAAGACAUUUGGAAGUAAAUAUGAACAAGGCUGAUUCAAAGAGCAUGAAAUCUUGUUGGUGUGAAAGUCAUCUCAAUCCUGAGAAUUCCGAGUGGCUGGCAGGAAAUUCCAAAGAAAUGAACCAGAAUAUUAACCAAAUAAUGAAAUUGGUGGAAGACAAUAUUGAAGAGCAUUAUCAGAUUAAAUCUGAGGUGAUUGACCAAGUUCAGGAACUCCGCCGUAUUUAUCAGUCUCUGGCCGAGCGCUACGAUCAUUGGAGCGGUGAAUUGCGUAAAACUGUACUUUCUGAUUUCCUAACUCAAGGCCCUGACAGUGGUUUGGAUCAAAACUCUCCAAUGGUUACACCUGAUAAAAAAUUGGGUAUACCCAAGUCUGUUCAACAAGCUUUAUCUUUCAGUUCUGGCGGUGGUAGUUCUGAGUUGUCAUCGAAGGAAGGGACUGAAUCAUCUUCGUUCUCAUCAGAUUUGGAUUCUGAAUCUUUCGGCUCAUCUGUCAACAUCUACUUGCGUUCAGUGAUGGAUGCUGAUAACGGGGUAGAGCAUCACAAAGUUAUUGAGCAAGGAAGUGAUCUCCCAACAAUGACGGAGAAGAUACGAGUGGUUGAUGGAGAGAAUGUAGAAGGAAAGUUGAAGAUGGGGGGAAACAGAAGCUAUGAAGAACUGAAUGAAAGAUUCGCCAAAUGUGAAGAAGAGCUAAGGAAUUCCAACCUAAAACUCCAGCUUGCAGAAGAAGAGAUUGUGAGGUUGAAUGCAGAGCUCAAGAAGAGUGAGUCUGUUUCUGUACUUGCUGAAAACAUGGCCGUUCAACUCGAAUCAUUGCAGAGAGACAUGAAAAUGAGGGAAGCUGAUCUUGAGCUGGAGAAGGGGAAGGUAAUUGAGUUGCAAAAACAGAUAGUUGAGAUGGGAGCUUGCUUUUCUGACUCGAACUCCGAAGCUUCAAGGUUGAUGGAGGAGAUUGCUGGAAGUAAAGAAAAGAUCAAGGCAACAGAAGAAGAGAUUGUAAUGUUGAAGCAUGAGCUCGGGAAGAAGGUUUAUGAUGAUGCACAUGACGUGCUAGGCCAGCUUGAGUCUGCCCAAGAAGAGAUAGCAACAUUAAAGGCCGAACUAGACAUAGACAGGAGGCAGGUUGUGAACUUACAGGAGCAGAUUUUGAGGUACAAGGAUGAUCUAUCUAGUCGUGGUCGUGAAGUUGAGGAAUUAAAGGGUGCAUUAUGUGAUGCCCAGGAUCAUUUCUCUAUGCAGAAAGCAAGUUUCCAGUCUGAAAUUUUUGGCCUGUUAGAAAAAGAGACCCAUUUAGAGGCAAGACUCAAGGAAUGGGAAUUACGCGGAAGACUAUUGGAGGAAAAGUUACGGGAAAUUGAAACAGAAAAAAUGGAAAUGAAAGGUUUGUAUGAUGUUCAAGAGACUAUGUUGCGAGGUCAGAUAAGUCAGCUAAGGGCAGAAGUCAAUGAGAAAGCUGUAAAUGUAGAAGCUCUGAAUAAGGACUUUGACAAAGUGAAAUUCAAUUAUGAUAUGCUUAUGGCAGAGAAAGAUGGAGCUACUGCAAAGGGAAACACUCUCGUAGCCGAGGUUCGUUCCCGAGAUUCACUGAUUGGGAAAAUGGAGGAGCAUUUAGAACAAUUAAGCAGGGAACAUCAGCAGCUGAUUUCAGGAUCAAAACAUGCAAAGAAUGUAGAGAAUGAAUUGAAAUUGAAGAUAAAGGACCUUGAGAAGGAAGUGGAUAGGCAUAGAAUUAUGAUGUUAGAUUUGGCUGAGGAGAAAAGAGAGGCAAUAAGACAACUUUCUUUCACUCUGGAGCAUUACAUGAGUGGUUAUAAAGAAUUUCAGGCAUUUCUCAAGCACAAAGGACAUGCAGUUAGGGCUUCAUGAGUUUCAUUAAUUGUGUUAGUAUAGUUUACCAGUCUUGAUUGUAUUCCCCCCCGUUUUGUUGGAUGCUUUUGUUAAAUUUUCUUUUUUGUGUCAA